AUUUCCAAAAACGUCUACGCGCUUUUCUUUCCUCUCUCGCUCUACGCUUCUCACCCUUCGGAAGCGUAGUUUUCUCUCAGAAGGGUUGUACGGCUUCAGAUCCCAUUUCUUAGUUUCAGAGCUUCGCUUUCGUUAAUCUUUUCCAAUUCACUCAGGGAUUGUGUUGUUUGUUUCGUUGCCAUGGCUGCUGUUGCUGCUUCUUCGGGCCCGAGAUAUGCCCCGGAAGAUCCAAGUCUACCCAAGCCUUGGAAAGGACUUGUUGAUGGUAAAACUGGAUAUCUUUAUUUUUGGAACCCGGAGACGAAUGUGACCCAAUAUGAGAGGCCAAUAGGUUCCGGUCCUCCGCAGAAGUCAACUUCAAUGCCUAUAAGUUCUUCAGUGCACGUUCAACAAUCUUCUCAGGGACCACGUCUGGGUGUUGGUUCUAAUGAGAACAAGGAUAACUAUGACAGGGGAAACAAUGAAGGGUCUAGAUUUGAUGUUAGGGGUCAGCAGCCACAUGGCGGAAGUGCUUCAUCUCAAAUUGCUGCUAGAGGUGGAGCUGUAUCUUCUGCCACCACUCCGAAUGGGACACUCAGUACUGGACCUGGAGGACCUGCUAGAGGACAGGGAACAUCAGAUGGGGGAAGUGGUUUGUCUCCCGAGGCUUAUCGUCACCGGCAUGAAAUAUCUGUUUCUGGAGAUAAUGUGCCAGCACCUUUUACAUCAUUUGAAGCUGCUGGUUUUCCAUCUGAGAUGCUUAGAGAGGUACAAAAUGCAGGGUUUUCUGCCCCAACUCCAAUUCAGGCUCAAUCAUGGCCUGUUGCUCUUCAAAACCGAGAUAUUGUGGCUAUUGCUAAAACUGGAUCAGGGAAAACUUUGGGUUACUUGUAUCCUGGGUUUAUGCAUCUUAAGCGCUGUCACAAUGAUUCUCGAUUAGGUCCUACUGUAUUGAUAUUGUCACCAACUAGGGAGUUGGCUACACAGAUACAAGAUGAAGCUGUGAAGUUUUCAAAGUCAUCAAGAAUAGCAUGUGUGUGCUUGUAUGGAGGAGCCCCAAAAGGUCCCCAAUUGAGAGAUAUAGAUCGAGGAGCAGACAUUGUUGUAGCCACUCCUGGCCGUUUGAAUGAUAUUCUUGAGAUGAGAAGGAUCAGUCUCCAUCAAGUAUCUUACCUUGUGCUUGAUGAGGCUGAUCGCAUGCUUGACAUGGGUUUUGAACCUCAAAUAAGGAAGAUUGUGAAGGAGGUGCCUACUCGCCGCCAGACUUUAAUGUACACUGCAACAUGGCCGAAAGAGGUUCGGAAGAUUGCAGCAGAUCUACUUGUUAAUCCUGUACAAGUCAACAUUGGCAAUGUUGAUGAGCUUGUUGCAAACAAGGCAAUCACACAGCAUAUUGAAUUACUGGCACCCCUAGAGAAGCACAGACGAUUGGAGCAGAUAUUGCGGUCUCAAGAUCCAGGAUCAAAGAUCAUUAUUUUUUGUUCAACCAAAAAGAUGUGCGAUCAACUUUCUCGCAACCUUACACGCCAGUUUGGAGCUGCUGCCAUUCAUGGAGACAAAUCUCAGAGUGAGAGGGAUUUUGUCUUGAAUCAAUUUCGAAGUGGUAGGACUCCAGUGCUUGUAGCUACUGAUGUUGCAGCUAGAGGAUUAGACAUUAAGGACAUCAGGGUGGUUAUUAAUUAUGACUUCCCAACAGGAGUAGAGGAUUAUGUUCAUAGGAUUGGUAGGACUGGAAGGGCAGGGGCUAGUGGUGUGGCCUAUACAUUUUUUGGGGACCAAGAUGCUAAGUAUGCUUCAGAUCUCAUCAAAGUGUUGGAAGGGGCCAACCAGAGAGUCCCUCCAGAAAUCCGUGACUUGGCCUCACGAGGUGGUGGGAUGAACAGGUUUAGACGGUGGGGUUCUGGUGGUCGGGAUGGCGGGCGUGGGGGACGCAGUGAUUCCAGCUAUGGUGGAAGAGACGGAGGAAGGGGUGGAUUUGGAUUUUCUUCUAACAGUAGUGGAGGACGUGGGUUUGACACUGGAUCUCGUGACAGGGUUGAUCGUGGUUACCAGAAUGGGUAUGAUCGGGCCCGUAGUCGCAGUCGAAGCCCAGUAGGUUGGAGUGGUCGCAAUCGUGAACGCAGUCGUAGCCCUGACCGGGCUUCACGACCAGCACGAAGUUUCCAUGAAACAAUGAUGCAAAAAACUCAGCUGUCUUCACCUUCUUUAAAACAGGGUUUUGAAAAGGAAACUUUUGGAGGACCUCCUGGAGUGGGACAUGUUAACGGAGGAGGAGCUCAUUCUUCUAACUACGGGGAAGAAGCUGAGGAAGGCAUGAUACCCCAAGACGAGUGAAAACUGAUAAGGGGGGUAACUUUCAUUGCGCCGCCUUUUUAGUUUGCUUCUUUUUGUAAUGUUGUAAGUGGAAGUAGGGAUGGAUAAUGCCUGUUCAAGGGUAAACAUUGGUUUGUUUUUUGACCCCGGCGGUGGUGGAAGAUGAAAUUUUUUGUUACUAGAUUUGGGGGACUAUUUAGCCUAUAGGUUUCCUAGAAACCAAACCCCCACUCCCUAACUUUCUCAAACUCUCUCCCUAGAAAAAGGAUACGGCAAAGGAAGCAAACAUAGUUAGCUUAAUCACGUGGAUGUAUUUAAUCCCUGUGUACGUAGUUCUCCUCUGUGACUUGCAGACUUUGGAUACGAAAUUUAUAUAUUUUUUUUGAAAA